GAUUCCCCCACCCCGGCGUGUGGAAUCUCCCUCUGCCUCUCUCUCAUAAGAACGUUUAUGACUCCAGUUAGGAUCGACCUAGACAGUCCAGGAUAAUCUCACCAUCUCUAGAUCGUUCACUUAAUCCCAUCUGCAAAGACUGCGGUAAGGGCUCACAUUCCCAAAUUUCAGAGAUUAGGACCCAGUAUCCUUGGGGAGGAGCCCCCUCUUCAGCCACCUCUACCCCUGCUUUACCUCCUUCAUGACAUGUAGCCUUUAUAUGUUUCAUCAUGCCUGUGGGUGGUCACCCCCUCUAAGGGCUGGCAACGUGUCUGUCCUGCUCGCCAUUACAGCCCCAUGCCUAGAGCAGGGUCACAUACGUAGAGAGCAGGGGUUCAGUAAUAAUUGCUGAAGAAAUGGAUGUAGAACAACUGGUGUGAGGUCUGGCAUGUAGAAGCAAGUACAGGAAGGUUUACAAUUGCACAUGUACGUACCAAGUAUUAUUUCAGGGGCUUUACCACCCAUGUUGUUUUGGAUUUUAGUGCAAGUAGUUUACUUGGGAAGUGAUCACAGACACAGUAAGGAAGAAGGAAGCGAACCCCAAAGAAUUGAAAGUGGACUCAAAACAAAUACAUGCAUGUGCACGUUCCCAGCAGCACACUUCACAGCAGCACGUUCCCAGCAGCACAGGCGAAAGGUGGAAACAGCCCAAGGUCCACUGACAGAUCCAUGGAUAAUCAAAUUGUGAUAUAUCCUUACAAUGGAAUAUUACUCAGCGGUACAAGGGAUGGAGCUCUGAUAGAUACUACAACGUGGGUGAACCUUGAGAACAUUGUGCUGGGUGAGAGAUGUCAGUCACAAAAGGCUACAUGUUGUGUGAUCCUGUCUAUGAAAUGUCCAGAACAGGCACAUCCGUAGACACAGAAAGUGGUUGCCGCGGGGGUUUCGAAGGUAUGGGAGAUGGGGAGUGACAGCUGAUGGGGGCGGGGUCUCCUUCAGGGGUGAUGAAAACACUUUGGAACUAGACAGAUGUGGUGGUGGCACUACAUCGUGAAUGUCUAGAUGCCACUGGACUGUUCACUUUAAAAUUUGUGGUAUGUCAGUUUCACCUCAAUUUAAGAAAGAAGAAGAAGAGGGAAGUAAAACAGCAGAAGGGAGGCAGCUAAUACAGAAAGUUUCUACUGUGGGCGGCUGGAGUUUAGUCCCUCAGGGGAACCCAGACCUCAGAAUCACCGCACCAGAAGGAAGAAGGUAUUUAUCCCAGUCAUUGGCCGAGAGCUGCUUUCAAGGGAGGGGUGAGGCUUACUUUUCCAGCACUCUGGCCAGCACUGUGUGGGCAGAGAAGUCAGGAGGGGUGCCCCACAAAGCCAAGGCCUCGGGCCUAAUGGGCAGGACACUGGGGCAUCCGUCUGGCUAGCUGGCUGGUCACUAAUGGGGGAAGUAGGGGCCCCUGGGACUCAUGUGUAUUGGCGACCUACUGUGUGCCAGGCACACCGUACUUGACUCCACAGACCACUUGUGUGUAUGGCGUGCAUGGCUGGAGGGUGGGCUCCCACCUGCACUCACCCCCAUCUCGGGUGUCCCCCAGGAUGCUGCCCGUUGCGGAACACCUGCUGCUCCUCCUGGGACUGGAGAAGACCUCGUUCCGUCUGUACGCUGUGUCUGUGCUUCUGCUCUCCGUGCUCUUCUUUGUCUCCCGCCUGCUGCUGAAGUUCUUGAGCCUCUGCUGGCACUUCUACAACACCUGCCGCCAGCUGAGCUGCUUUCCCCAGCCGCCCCGGCGCAACUGGCUGCUGGGCCACCUGGGCAUGUAUCUCCCAAAUGAGACAGGCCUCCAAGAUGAGAAGAAGGUGCUGGACAACAUGCAUCAUGUAAUCCUGGUGUGGAUGGGACCUAUCCUGCCACUGUUGGUUCUUGUGCAUCCUGACUACAUCAAGCCUGUGGUAAGCGCCUCAGCUGCCAUUGCCCCUAAGGACGACCUUUUCUAUGGCUUCCUGAAACCUUGGCUAGGAGAUGGGCUGCUUCUCAGCAAAGGUCACAAGUGGAGCCGGCACCGCCGCCUGCUGACCCCUGCCUUCCACUUUGACAUCCUGAAGCCCUACAUGAAGAUCUUCAACCAGUGUGCUGACAUCAUGCACGCUAAGUGGCGGCGCCUGGCAGAGGGCUCAGUGGUCUCCCUUGACAUGUUUGAGCAUGUCAGCCUCAUGACCCUGGACGGUCUUCAGAAAUGCAUCUUCAGCAGCAACAGCAACUGCCAGGAGAAGAUGAGCGAUUACAUCUCGGCCAUCAUUGGGCUGAGCGCGCUGGUGGUCCGGCGCCAGUAUCACCUGCACCACCAUCUCGACUUCAUCUACUACCGCUCGGCGGAUGGGCGGCGUUUCCGGCAGGCCUGUGACACUGUGCACCGCUUCACCACGGAGGUCAUCCAGGAGCGGCGGCGGGUACUCCGUCAGCUGGGCACUGAGGCCUGGCUUAAGGCCAAGCAGGGCAAGACCUUGGAUUUCAUCGAUGUGCUGCUCUUGGCCAAGGAUGAAGAUGGGAAGGAACUGUCAGAUGAGGACAUCCGAGCUGAGGCGGACACCUUUAUGUUUGAGGGUCACGACACAACAUCCAGUGGGCUCUCGUGGGUGUUUUUCAACUUGGCCAAGUAUCCAGAGUACCAGGAGAAGUGCCGGGAGGAAAUCCAGGGAGUCAUGAAAGGCCGGGAACUGGAGGAGCUGGAGUGGGACGAUCUGACCCAGCUGCCCUUCACCACCAUGUGCAUUAAGGAGAGUCUACGCCAGUUCCCACCUGUGACCCUAGUCUCCCGCCGCUGCACGGAAGACAUCAAGCUCCCAGAUGGGCGCAUCAUCCCCAAAGGAAUCAUCUGCUUGGUCAGCAUCUAUGGAACCCACCACAACCCAACAGUGUGGCCCGACUCCAAGGUGUACAACCCCUAUCGCUUUGACCCAGACAACCCUCAGCAGCGCUCCCCGCUAGCCUUCGUGCCCUUCUCCGCGGGACCCAGGAACUGCAUAGGACAGAGCUUCGCCAUGGCUGAGAUGCGCGUGGCUGUGGCGCUGACUCUGCUGCGCUUUCGCCUGAGCGUGGACCGGACGCGCAAGGUGCGACGGAAGCCGGAACUCAUCCUGCGGACGGAGAACGGCAUCUGGCUCAACGUGGAGCCGCUGCCUUCGCGGGCCUGAGCCCAGGGGAGCGAUCGAGGCCCUCCGCAGACCGAGGCCCAAGCCCCGCCCAGAGAGGCAAGGCCCCGCCCCCGGCGGGCCAAGCCCCACCCCCAAGAUCCUCAGGGCAUAGACCACGCCCCUCGAAGUCCAGGCUCCACCGUGAGCGGCCCGACGGUGCAGGCCACGCCCACCAUGGGAAGGCCCCGCCUCCUGAGGGUCAGAUCCCGUCCACUGAGUGCAGUUUCUGCUCUCUCAUUUGAGGGACUAGGGUUGGUCACACCCUCAGGGCCUCGGCCCCGUCCCCGUGACAUCGUGGAUUCAGGCCUUCAGGCUCCGCCCCCUGAGCCUUCCCCUGCGGGACCUGAGACCUGAUAACUUAAGGUGUCUGGGAUUCUAGCCCGUGCCCCUACGAAUACAUUUCUAAAUUGACGAUUUGUGAGUUGGAGCCCUCGGGUAGAGCCUUGAUCUGGGAUAUCAUCUUCCUGAGGCCUCCAGUUUAUAUGGACCAACUCCUCAGGCAUAGGCUGCAUCCCAGGGCCUGGGCUGCUGGAUUUGGUUGUUUUGGGAGCUCAGACCCUCCCUCCCAAGCCCCUUUCUUCUUCCCUUUGCUGAAUGUUCUGAUUUUUGUAGAAUAAAAUCAAGGGGUAUAGACUCUCCCACCGUUCACUCCCAAGCCUUCCUAGCCGGACACUCCCCCUGGGACCCAGCAGGGAAAAGAGGGGCCCUCCCUGGUCGGAAGGGAAGCUGUGGGCCAGGAGGCUGGGAAGCCAUUUGUCCUCGGACAUAAACUCAGACUUUUUGGGACAGUUUGUGUAUGCAUUUAUUUUGUCAACAGAUCACUGUUCAGGCCUAUACUG